AUGGGAGGACUAACCUUAAGAAAUAAAUCAGCUGAGAUUUUGAGUGGGCCAGACAAUCCAGAACUAGAGAUGGAUUUCAGAGCAAAUUACUCAGCGAGUCAACUCUAUCCUAGUCUUUAUAAACCACCACUGUUACAAGCUUGCCAAGAUUAUCUUAAUCCUUGUCAACAAGGAGCAUCUCUUUAUAAUCUUAACUAUGAAAACAAAAAAACUACUUUAAAUAUUUAUAACACUGAAACUAAAACCCAAGAAGUCAUAACCUUGCAGACUCCACAACCACUCGACUCAAGAACUUGCAUAGCUCAACUUCCAAAUGGUAAGCUAUUCUACUUUGGUAAUCAUUUACUUUCUGGAUAUACAGUGCUAAUUGAUUAA